CUCRACCCAUUGACACGGGAGGACUUCCAAUGGUUGCCUCUUCCCCCAUMUGGUUCCUUGCCRAAGCCGCAUUGCAACGCCCUAAUGGCRGAGCUACGCAACUACUUGCACGCUGCAGUACCAGCUCCGUURAUGGAAAACGGAGUAGCGGUUGUUGAMCUUCGYGAGUACAUUGCGAAGAUUGACCGCGAGUAUGCCACGCAACGGUACGACGAYACCGACGCACCGUUACUCUACGUUCGCAUUCAGAUCGGGAAGGCGACCUGCAGUGCCUUGAUUGAUUGUGGAGCUACUUGCAACUACAUCAGUCAGGAUUUCAUGACCCGCGUCGACCUUGGGCCRCRCGUUCGAAGGAAAUCGCAGCCUACGCAAGUCACGUUGGUCGACGRUCGUACGCACAAGUCCAUUGACUGGUGCAUUGACUCCGUCCCCGUGUACUUCGCCUCRCUUGCACGCGAGGCCGUGUCCUUCGACAUAUUGGACACAAAGUUCGACAUGAUMUUGGGCAUGUCAUGGCUGCRCAACGAGGACCACCCGGUGAACUUCUAUCGCCGCACCGUUCACRUUYGUGACCGGAACGGGGUACUUGUGCYAUGUAYGGUYCCCCCACCUCAUCCUUCGAUUGGUUGUCACGUGGUCUCCGCGGCAAGCAUUCGCAACUCCAUCGCACGGAACGACGUGGMGGAAAYRGGCAUUUGUUUCUUGCACGCCCUCCCUCCUCCCGACGAGYCAGCGGCGGAACAGCCACCGGAUCCAYGCAUURUACAGCUUCUUGACUCCUAUGACGACGUYUUUGAAGCCCCCGYAGGAAUCGUACCGAAUCGGCCAAUUYGUCACGAGWUCAUCCUCGAAGAYGGGGCCGUACCUCCRCGCGGAUGUAUUUACCKCAUGAGCGAGGAGGAACUCGAAGUGCUUCGAAUGCAACUCGAUGACCKCAUURACAAGGGYURGAUUCGCCCUAGCUGCUCGCCCUAUGGUGCACAUGUUCUCUUCGUUCGGAAGAAGAACAAGGAGCUAYGUUUAUGCAUUGACUAUCGCAAGCUUAAUGCUCAAACMAUUAAGAAURUCGGCCUGCUUYCACGCAUCGACGAUCUUCUUGAACGUUUGGGCGGCGCCGGCGCCAAGUAUUUCUCCAAGUUGGACCUCAAAUCCGGUUACCACCAGCUCGAGAUCCAUCCAAGAGAUAGGUACAAAACCGCGUUCAAGACACGGUACGGGCACUUCGAGUGGGUCGUAAUGCCAUUCGGCCUCACGAAUGCCCCGACCACCUUCCAAGCGGCAAUGACAACGGAGUUUCGCGAUAUGUUGGACCRGUUCGUGCUCAUCUACCUCGAUGACAUCUUGGUGUAUAGUCGAACUUUGGACRAGCACAUCGUGCAUCUACGUGCUGUUUUGGACAGGCUUCGUGCGGCCAAGUACAAGGCCAACCGAGCCAAGUGCGAAUUCGCACAGCAGGAGCUCGAGUACUUGGGCCACUUUGUGACGCCGCAAGGCAUCAGUCCGCUUGCGGACAAGAUCAAGGUCAUUCAGGAUUKGCCGGAACCGACCAACACCACGGAGGUUCGCUCUUUCAUGGGAUUGGYCGGGUACUACCAACGCUUUAUCGGAGGAUACGCAYGGAUCGCYGCACCCUUGUCAAGAUUGCAGUCUCCACAGGUGCCCUUCCACUUCACCGAUGAARKYCGCAGUUCGUUCCACAAAUURAAGACGGCGUUGCUCCUCRCUCCCGUCUUGAGUWUCUACGAUCCCACCUUGCCUACGAGAGUGACUACGGACGCUUCCGGCUACRRCAUGGGUGCAGUUUUGGAACAACAUGAUGGAGUAGAUUGGCACCCGGUUGAGUACUUCAGCCAAAAGGUGYCUCCCAUMAACUCGGUUGAUGAUGCGCGGAAGAAGGAGUUGCUCGCGUUCGUCACGGUACUCAAGCGUUGGCGRCACGUCCUCCUCGGGCGUCGUAGGUUYACUUGGGUGACRGAUAAUAACUCRUUGACCUACUACAAGACGCAAGACACGGUGAGCAGCACGAUUGCUCGGUGUAUGUACUUCAUCGAUCAGUUCGACUUCACACCGAAACAUAUCCCGGGCCUCUCCAACCGAGCCGCGGAUGCUCUCUCGCGAAGAUCAGAUCUUUGCGCAGUGACUCGCCACGCGUUCAGUUUCAACGAAGCCCUUCAUCAGCAUUUUGUGCGAGCAUAUAAGUCCGAUCCGGAAUACGCCACGCUCUACGAGCAACUAUCCUCAGACCACCCGCCGGCCAGCCACUAUCGCAUCAUCGAUCAUCGAUGGCUACCUGCUGCUUCACUCAUGAGGCAAGGACUUACUAUGCGUCCCACACGACCGUCGCUUACGGACUCGUCUCCUCGGCGAGUACCACGACUCGAGACUCGCCGGCCACCUCGGAGUCAACCGUACGAUCGCAAGACUUCGGCAGCGAUUCYGAUGGCCUGAYCUCAUUACCGACGUCACUCRRUAUUGCGACUCUUGCGAAG